AUAGAUAGAUGUGAUAUGGAGUACCUGGGGCCUGGGAACGAGGGUGUGACUCCCCAGGCCGCAGCAGGCAUCCUGGUGGAGCGGCUGAAAAAUGCAGGUGACAUGGGCGACAGGAGAGAUGCUCUGGGCGCGCUGCUCAAGCUUUCGCAGGACCAUCCUACCGAUGUUGGCCAUGCCGGUAUGCCAAUCUUCACCGACAUCCUGCAGGCCGGCAUUGCAGACCGGUCCAUGACGCAGACUAUCAUGGGCAUCAUGCUGAACCUGGUCAAGGAGCAAGGCGCCGACGUGUCGUCAUUCCUGAAGGACGUUCAAAACGUCCAGAAUUUGCUGGACUUGCUCGAGAGCACCGAUGCCCUGACCGCCCUCUCAGCCGUUCAGGUGCUGCAAGCGCUACAAAAGUCUUCGCCGGAAUCCUUGGAAGGUUGCAUCUUGGAGUGCCCGGCCGGCCUUCAGGCUCUGGUGGAGGUUUUGAGAGAUUCCAGGGAGGAGGUCCGAAACGAGGUCAUCUUGCUCUUGGGGCAGCUGACCACAAGCAACUUGGAGGUGAAGAAGUUCGUGGCUUUUCAAGAGGGCUUCGAGCGGCUGUUCGACAUUAUGUCCGGCGAAGGCAUGCUCGAAGGGGGAAGCGUUAUCGUCAAGGACUGCCUUCACGUAUGCAACAACCUCCUCUCCGGCUCUUCUCUGACCAAGGCCCUGUUUUGUCAGAGCGGCUGCCUGAAGCGCUUCCACCAGCUUAUCGAUGUUCGAACGUCCGACGGGGAGGAUGCAGCGGCGGUGGCUGCUCAAAACGGCCCGGAGAUGGAGGUCGUAGGCGCUGAAAAGGGCGAGGAAGGAAGUGGAGAGGGACAGAAGGCUCCUUCGCAUGACGGAGCGCCUCCAAUGGGAGCCAUGUCCGGUAUGCAGAACGAGAUCGCGUGCAAGGCGCUCGACGUGCUGAUGCUGCUUCUAGCUCGCGACGGCGGAGGCGACGCCGACGAGAAGGAAGGCGGAGGCCGCGGGGGCGGGGGGGGCGGCAACGAUGACGAUGAUGGGAAAAGGCCCGAAAGGCAGACCCUUGUGGCCGAAGUGUCAGAGGGGAUGCUGAGCGAGAUGAUGGCGCACGUGGCGUUCUCGAGGGCAGACGCCUUUUCGCACGCGCCGGCCGCCUGCCGAGAGCGGGCGAUGAGGGCGACCGGAGCUUUGGUGGAUGGACACCCUACUAACCAGUACAACUUGGGAGAGCUGUUGAUUCAAGACGUCGGACUUGAUUCCGUGGCUCUUGCGACGCUUGUCAUGGAGGGGGCGUUGGGGAAAGGCGGAGCUGACCGAAGCAGAACUGAGGCGUGCCAAUGGGUUCUGGAGUGUCUGUUCCACGGGAAUGAGCUCGUCUGCACCCAGGUGGUUUCUCACAUCAUCGCGCCUCCGCCGCCGCCCCUUGAGCUUGAGGAUAUCGAGGCUUGGGUCCCUCCAACUCCGCCUGGAAAAGUCCUUUUGGAUAGCUUGGCAGCAGCUGCAAAGACUCUCUUCGAGGACGGUGGCGACAGCAACGAUAGCGGCACUGGCGAAGGACGAAGAGUAGCCGCAACGCAAGCCGCUGACGUGAUAUCCAGAGGCUGCAUGAUCAUAUCGAUGUUGUUCACGCACGGAGGUGCUCUAGCCAAGGAGCUUUCUCUGCGGGUACCCUUGGCAGCACCAACGGUCGCCCAUCCGACCACCCUCCUGCACGUCCUCCUGCACUGGCUGGAGCUUGCAACAUCCCACCACCCCGCUUCGGCCGCAACAGACCGCGGAGCCCCCAGCUCUAGCAGAAGCGGCGACGGCCACUUUGGGAGGCCCGCUGUCGACGGGUACGCGGCUGCUGACGCCGGUAUUUCUCUGGAGCGGCUCUUGUGCGGGUGGUUGUACGAUUGCCCGGCGGCGGUGGUUGAGAUGUUGGACAACCCGGCGAACCUGUUUGUCGUAGACGUGGCCGCGGGACGGUGUUCCGUGUUGGUCGAAGGCGGGGAAGGAGGCGCGACCGCGGUGCAGUGCGUCGCGCUGAAAGGGCUGGCGUGCUUGGCGCUGGGGCUGCUGCUGGAGUAUGUGGAGGGCAGGGGGGCACCAAGGUCUGGCGGCGGCGGCGGCGGCGGCGGCGGCGGUAGUGGAGAGUGGACGAGGUCUCUGGUGAUGAAGAUGAUCCAGAAUAGGGUUGGCAUGACACCAUUCAUGUCAUCCAUCGAGGCUACCAAGCGAGCUUUCGCCGAAGCAGAAACAAUACAACGACGAAGAGAUCGCGCCGCGCGGGAGAGGCAGGGUUCGGGCGAGGCUGGGCAAGAGGGUGCAGGCAACAACGGAGAACUCCGGCUCGUCCCUGGCUUCAGCUCUUUGCUGACGCGAGCUUCAGCAGAGGUGAGGCAACGUGUGAUAUCGAUACUGACGCACGGUGACGCCAGCGAUGGUGGCGGCGUCGCCGCUGACUCUGUAGCGACCAACGGGGGUACGGCCACAACACUGGCAAUGGCUUCCCCCGGUAGCGCUGAAGGGGCAGGAGGAGGAGGAGCGGCGAGUCGUUCUUCCGCCGCGGCAGGUGGGGGAGGGGCGGGGUUGGCCUUCAUGGUGGAGCUUCAAGAGAAGGAGAUCGCUGGUCUGAAGGAAGAGCUGUCCGAGGCGUUGAGUAGGGUGCCCAGGGGAGGGGGGGAGGGCGGCGGGGUGUCGGCUUUGGAAGGAGCUCUCCGGAACCAGGUUGAGCGGCUAGAAGCAGCGGCCGUGGAGCAGUCGAAGGGCUUCAAGAGGCUUCAAACAGAGCUACGGGACGCUUGGGCUCAAGUGGAGGCAGAGAAAGAAAGCCGGCAGCUUCUGACGUCAGAGCUGCAAGGUCUUGCGGUGUCUACGAGCUCUCUGGAGCGCCAGCUGCUGGACCGCGAGUCGGUGUGCGAUGGGUUGAGGAGGCAGCUCGAUGCUGGCGAGGAUUCCUCCGCACGGGAAGGCGAGCUCGUCAGACAGCUGGAGGAAGCCCACUCACGGGCCUUGAAGGCCGAGGAAGCGUUGGAGCUUUCCCAGAAACAGUAUUUGGCAAACGCUACAGCAGACGAAGCCGCGCAAGAAGCUAGCUUGGAAGCCGCGGCGAAGUGGGAGGCUAAGGUCGAGCAGCUGCAGGCGGCGCUUGAGGAGGCUCGAAGGGACGCGGCCUCUGCUGCCGCCAAACAGGCGCCCGCCGACGACGACUCCUCCAAAGCCGCCGCGACCCUAUCAGCGCAGCUGGUCACCGCAACAGAGGAUCUGGAGAGCGUGCGAAGGUCUUCGGUAGAGCGGGAAGCAAAGCUGGAGCAGAUCGAGCGGGCUUUGGCCGAAAAGACCGACGAGGCCGAAGCCAGCAAGCAACAGGUAGCAGUUUUGAUUCAGGCUGCCAAGGAAGCAGAAGGUGCAAUUGAGAAAGAGCGACAGGCAGUGGAGGCAGCGGCGGAGGCGAGGCGCGUGGACGAAGCACAAAGAACUGCCAAGGAGAUUGGUGCGCUUCGACAACAGCUCGACAACGCGGUGCGAAGCCUUAUGGAGGCGUCUUCUGGCGGAGACCAGCAGAUCGAGGCUCUACAGCAGGAGCUGUCGGCUGUCCAGCACCGCAAGGAGCAGGAGGCCGCAGAGUGGCGGCGACGCAUUGAUGAGUACGCCCGACAGGCAAAGGAAGAGGCGGACCGCCAACAUGUUUUGUUGACCCAGACGAAAGAGACGAUUAACGACGACUGGGCGCGUGAGCUGCGAAACAAGGAGGCGACAAUUGCCCGGCUAGAAGCGGAUGUGGAAGCCUCUCAGGAGGCACACCAGGCUGCAGCAAGGGAGAACGAAGUACAGAACGCACAGCUCCGGGAAGAGAAUGAAGGGUUGAGGGGUCAAGCGGAGCAGGUGGAGGUGCUGAUGGCUAGAUGCGCUAGGUUAGAGGAAGCAGUGACCUCUGCCGGCGCGGAGACGGAGCAACGCCUUCGCGGGGAAAUGGAGCGGGAACAGGGGCUAGCGCGAGAGGCGGAGGGGUCGGUAUCGGCCUUGUCUCUGCGGCUAGAAGAGGCUGCCAAGGAAGCGUCUGAGAAGGCAGCUUUGGUCGCUGAGCUGAAGAGCAGGCUGGAGGAAGUCCAGGCGUUCCUGAGUCAGAGCGAAGACGACCGCAAGGCUGCAGAGGAUCGAGAGGCGGCGGCGGCGUCCGAAGCGAAGGGGAUGCAGCAGGCUGUCCGCGAGGCGGAGGAGAGGCUCCAAGAUGCCAAGGCUGAACUUGAGGACCGGGAUGCAGUUAUCGCGGCCGUGGAGGACGCAAGGUCUGCUCACGAGAGAGAGGCAGAGCGGCUCCGAGAUAAGCUCAGCGGAUUAGGCAAGUCACUGACGCCGCUCGACCCCCAUGCGAACGGCGCAGCUGUUUCCGCUAACGGUGACUCCCUCAAUGACUUCUCGAAUGCAAGCGAUGGCGGGCGCGACGAUCGAGUGGACAAUGCAGAGUACUUGCAUCUCUUGUCGGAGCAUGAAGAUCUCCUCCAACUGCUCGCGCAGCAGGAUGUCGUUAGAAAGAAACUGCUCAACGCGUUGAAGCAAAACGCCGGCCAAGAGGCUGCGAGGGCAGUCAUGAAGGACGCCGAAGCUGCGGUAACCGCCACGUAUGGCAUGUUCGUGCACACUGACGAUGACGAUCUGGACGACCAUCGGCCCGAGGGCGGAGAUGUUGUGCCGGGUGUAGAAAACGGAGCCCCGCUAGCCGGUGGGAGUAGGACUGUUGCUGUAUAGGGUUAGCUGCUCUGGAGGAGAGGUCAGUGGCUAUGGUUGGGGUCAGCCGGUGCUAGGAGCAUGCUUGUAAGGUGGAGCUGCCCUGCUGCGUUGGUUUGGCGUGACUUUGAAUCAUCGAAAGUUCACGCACCAGCAGUCAAUGACGUCUGUCACAGGCUUCACCACUACCGCGUGCCGCCGGAAUUGUCCAUGCAGAAGAAUACUGGAAUACAACCUUUGCCUUUCAUGGCGUCUUGGUUUCGCAACCUUGCGCGCCCGUUACGAACCACACCUCCCGUGGUGCGAUUGUUAAUGCUGUACCUUUGACAUUUCAUAUUGAGACGUGUGCUCUCCGGAACGUUAUAAAUG